CUACAGACAGUUCUGACGUAAGGCGUGUUAGAAAGCGGACCCCGCUGGUUACAAAACUAUGAGAAGGCGCCACACCACGGGCUUUGCAUGGAGUAGGACUCCGUUCAGAAACAGAAAGUCCAGCGCUCCCGACCGCCGGCGGGAGACCGUUAGUAAUCCCAUUUUCUCGCCCGCUCCCCGCGGACCCAGCCGGUUCCCUGGGCAUCCUGCCCACAGCCGGUGCGCCCCCUCCGCCGCCGGCCUCAGGGACCCGCAGACACCCCCGGCUGCCCCCAGCGUCUUCCCGCCGUCCUCCCGCGAGCCAGGUGACCGCGGGGAGGAGCGCGACACCCCACACCGGCGCCCGGACCCAGGGUCCUGGAGGCGGCGACACCGCGGCCCUUUGUCCCCGCCGCUGGGGCCUCCGAACGCCCGCACGCCUGCGGAGCGCCGAGGCCUGGUCCCCGAGCCGACGCCCGCCCGCCCGCUCCCGCUCACCGUGGCCGCGGCCUCCUCCCGGCGGCCGAGCCUUCAAGCAGCUCCCGCGAACCCCGGCGCCGCCGACACACAGGCCCGCGCCGUCCCCCGCCGCUCCCCUCCCGCGCCAGGCCGCAGGCCACGCCCCCUGGAGCCCGGGCAGGCCACGCCCCCAGGUGUGUGCGCUCGGGCCUCGAGCGGAGCCUGGCCCCGCCCGCCAGCCGUCUGGACUGCUGCCACCUGUUGGGCCGCUUACCUCUGGCUCCAGUGACUGUGCCCUGGGUUCCGGGCAGCCCUACCACAGCGCGGUUUUGUCCCCCUUACUGAUGGAAGAAUGAGGCACAGGGCGGAUGAACAGAACAGGACUGAUACUUGACAUGCGAGUCAGAACAAGCUGGGCAGACGAAUUUACUGCAGCGAAGGACUAAUGCUACCCCUAAGCAAGGGAGAUUUUUGUGGCACCAACAAAAUCCUGCAUUAUGGACCCUGAAAUGAUGGCCCAAGGUCACACAAACGAGAACACAUCCAAACCAAAGAGAUCAUCAGAACUACCCACCAGAGAAACUCGGUCUCUUUCACCUACAUAACCCAGAGACUCUUGUGAACACUUUGAAACAGCGUCAUCAGUACUCUGCACUUGCCAGUGUGAUCAUGCCCUUUAGGUAAAUAAAUAAAUAAAUAAAUAAAUAAAUAAAUAAUGAUGAUGGUGGUGAUGAGAUGACGACGACGACGACGACGAUGAUAAUAAUACUCUUUUCUUGACUUUACCACCAGCUUCUUUUCAGUUGGUUUUCUGGAAUGGAGGUGGGGAUGGGAGCCUGAGCCUAGUCCACAAGGACUCUUGGGAGUUGGGGCUUCUGACCCGAUUCUGUAUUGAUUCUAAAAGAUGGGGCGGGGCAGAACCUCAUUACUACUCAUCGGAGGCAGGGGCAGGGGUCCCGGCCUGAACAAAAAGCCAGUAAAAUAGGAACGCCUCUCUGUCGGCUUCUGGUUAUGAUGUCGCAGACUCAUUUUUUCUCUCUCUUGAGUGGAUCAAGUCAGCUGAUUUUACAGAUUUUGAGUCAAAGCAGCUUCGGUUUCUCAGCCUCUCCACCAGCUUGAGUCAGGCAGUCGGGAUGGCAAAUCCAGGAGAAGCGCACCCCCACCCGUAUCCGCUCUCUGGCUCUGCUCUCCGCUCUGUCAUCUCUGUCACAGCAGUCACGGAAAGAGGACAAAGGCGGAAAACCAACGUCCUUCAGAGGGUCUGUGGACUCUGUUUUUACGUAGCAAUAAUGCAGACAUCAUUUAGGCCUUCGGCUUUGUUAUUCUCCAUGCAAUGAGUUUGAGGGGUUAGUCUAUCGCGGGGUGCGCGAGGGCAGCGUGGGGGCACAGGAGCCUCAGGAUUGCUGUAAACUGUCCUCUGGGACAGAAGCCCUGGACAUCUACCAAAAGAUCGUGUCUUUCCGAAAAAUGACUCUCAAGGACCAUUGAAAUAUUUACAUGUGUCCUUCACAAAGAUUACAUGACUCGCCGCUGCCUGCCACAGUGGGUCCAAACCUAUUCAGAUAUUUACAAGUUUGUCUUUACUUCAGAUUCCAGCCUCCUGAGCAUAGAAUUAACACAUGUGUGGCUGAGGAGACCCUCCAUGGUGGCCCUUGACGAUAAGAGGCUUUUCUAUUUUAUCUGACAGAUGUUGUUCCUACUUGUGCCUCAUGUCUGUAAUCAUUAGCAGACCACACAGAAAUACUGCAAGCUGCAGUCCCAGUCUAGCCUUCUAGCCUUUAAAACGGAAGAAAGCCGGUCUCCCAACCCUCUUUCUUUUUGCAUAUAUUGUUACCAGUUCCCUGAGGUCUGCCAAGCCACACACUUACACAUUUAUAAAAAUUACAGAAAACACAAGCCUCAAUUCUACUAUA